CGGAUGUGACGUUGAUGCUUCCGGCUGGAGGGGCUCAGUCCGCGAGGGAUUCCGUGCUUGGAGCUGCUGCUGCUGCUUUUGUCCUUGGAUCAUGCUGCUCUUGCCUCUGCUGCUGCCCUUGCUUGCUGGCCUGGCCUCUGCUGUGGAGGUGAAGAGACCCAGAGGAGUCUCCCUGACGAACCAUCACUUCUACGAUGAAUCAAAGCUGUUCACUUGCCUGGAUGGCUCCGCAACGAUAGCCUUUGACAGAGUCAACGACGAUUACUGCGACUGCAGAGAUGGCUCAGAUGAGCCAGGUACUUCUGCCUGCCCCAAUGGCCGCUUCCACUGCUCAAAUGCUGGCUACCGCCCUCAGUAUAUCCCCUCUUCCCGGGUCAAUGAUGGGAUUUGCGAUUGCUGUGAUACGACAGAUGAAUACAACAGCGGUGUGGUUUGUGAGAACACCUGCAAAGAGAUGGGCCGGAAGGAACGCGAAGCACUGAAGCAAAUGGCUGAAGUGGCCAGAGAAGGGUUUGAACUCAAGAAAGCGCUAAUGGAAGAAGCAAGUAAGAGAAAAGAAGAAAAACAGAGGAAACUAUCUGAGUUACAGGAUGGGAAGAAGGAAGUGGAAGAGAAAGUGGAGGCUCUGAAAUCGCUGAAGGAGGCAGCCGAGAAGCCUGAAAAGGACGCCAAGGAGCUCCAUCAGAAGGCCUGGGAGGAGCAGAAAACAGCUGAAAGGGCAGCAAAGGACCAAGCGAAAGCAGAAGAGGCCUUUCAGGAGCUUGACAGUGAUGGAGAUGGAGUUGUGUCUGUAGCUGAGCUUCAGGGGCAUGCUGAACUAGACGUGGAUGGCGAUAGGAUCAUGUCCGAAUCAGAAGCACAGGCCUUGCUGGGCGACUCCUCCCAGGCAGAUCUGGCCCAGUUCCAGAGCACCAUUUGGACGGCCAUCAAAGAGAAGUACAAAGCAGAGAGUGCGGCUGAUGUACAACCUCUGCCAAAAACCCCAGAAGAGGAGGAUCAAGGCACCCAGCCGGACGUCCACGUGGACCCUCUUUCUCCUGAAGAUGACUACGAUGAAGAAGAUGAUGGAGAGGGAGAGGAAGAAUCUGAUGAAGAUGCCAUGGAUGAGGAGGAAAAGGUUCCUCCAACAAUGCCGUCAUCCGACGACAAGGUGGUGGAGGAUGAAUCGGAAAAGAUGCCCCCUUACAAUGAUGCUACACAAGCUCUGAUUGAUGCUGCCCAGAAGGCCCGGGAGCAAUUCGAAGAGGCAGACAAAUCCCUGAAAGAUAUGGAGGAAUCCAUCAGGAGCCUGGAAAAGGAGAUCUCCUUCGAUUUUGGACCCCACGGAGAAUUUUCUUAUCUCUACAACCAAUGCUAUGAACUUACCACUAACGAGUACAUUUAUCGUCUCUGUCCCUUUAACAGAGUAUCCCAGAAACCUAAGCAUGGUGGCUCGGAGACCAGUUUGGGCUCGUGGGGCUCCUGGGCUGGACCCGAGGAGGACAAAUUCAGCAUCAUGAAAUACGAGCAUGGGACAGGCUGUUGGCAGGGUCCGAACCGAUCCACCACGGUAAAGCUCUCGUGUGGCAAGGAAACCAUCGUCACGGCUACCACAGAGCCCAGCCGCUGUGAGUACCUGAUGGAGUUCGUCACCCCAGCGGCCUGCCAUGAGCCGAAAGAGUUCGUUCAUGACGAAUUUUGAGGGCAGAUCUACACAGGAGCCAUUGGCAAGUCCUAAUCCAUCGGUUUGCAAAGAGCAUCAAAGGGCUUUUGCCCUGUCUCCGGAGUCACUUUGACAGAUCCCAGGGCCCACUUGCUUGGGCUUCCCCCCUGGAUCCCACCAUCUUCUUCUCCGCUGUGCCAGUAAUGCUCUGCCCAGAUGGACUUCGUGGCGUUUCAAUGCCCAUCUCCCGUCCAGGCUCUGGACUUGAGUCUCUUUCCCUCCCUGCCUGUCAUGCCACAGCUUCUGGGCACAGCCAGCCCUGAUCCUGCCCCGGUCAGGCCCGCACAACUGCCAGGGCCUGUGCUUCCUCCACCCGCCACUGUCUCUUCUUUUUGCGGAGGGGCAACAGUGACUGUCCGACCUGAGUGUGGAGCCUGCUGACUGUGUUCUGAGCCACGUUUCCAUUUGGCUGGCAACUUUGUGGGACUGGAGGGGGAAGAGGCAAAGGACCCCCCCCCCCUCCUGCACAGCCGCCACCAACCUGGUUUUUUGCUCUUUGGUAUAUAAUUCGGAUAAAUACUAUUCCCUUCCAUCCAAUAAAGAAGCAUUGCUCCUG